AUGAAAGAGAAAGGGAGAAGUGAUGAUCAGUCUAUUGAAUCGGAAUCAAGCCUUACUUUGAGUGAUCGUUUUCAUCCCUACAAGAAGAAACAACAGAUGACCACCUCUCCUCCUAUUCCUUCAAGGCAACUGAACACAAGUAACAAUAGGAGAGUGGAACGAUCUCUGAUGAAUACUCAGAGGAUAUUUGCAUCAACAAGUGAUGAGUCAACAGCCUCUUCUUCUCUUCAUUUGGAGAAUUUCAAAAAGGCUAUUCACACCACCUACUCUUCAUCAUCGAGUCAAGAAGAAGUUGUAGAAGCAAAGAAUAGAUGUAUCGAGUUAGACAUUUCAAAGGAUAUCAACCUAGUUAGAGAAGAGGAUUUUGAAUUUUUGGAUAAUAUUGAUUUUUCAGAUUGUUUAGAAUUAGAAAUAUUCGAUUUUGACCAAAGCAGCUUUAGUAUCAACAAGGCUACAUCAUUGGAUGGUGUAAGCACGAGUUGUCAAUCUUCACCAGAUAUCUUUCUAAAGCCUCGAUGUAAAGAACCAUCAAUUGAGUGGGAUAAUCAUGAUGAUGAUGACUUGUUUCAAAUCAUCACACCAACUAGUACUAGUCCUUCCAAUAGGGAAAUAAGCACAUUAGAACUCUUACUUGAAACACCUUUGGAAAAUCUAUUGUAUCAUAAUAUAGAUAAUAACGAAUGA